AUCUAUAUUCGUUCCACGAACUUCCAAUUAUGGUUGGUUAUCAAAAACGGAGAAGAGGUGCCGAUGAAGAAAGUCGGAGACAAGUUGAUCCCCAAGACCAAAGACGAGUUUGAUGCCGAGGACAUCAAAAAGGUCGAGAAUUAUGCAAAAGCAAUAAACAUGCUUUAUUGUGCCGUAAAUCCUGAUGACUACCGCAAGAUCUCUUGCUGCUCAACCGCCAAAGAGAUGUGGGAUAAACUUGAGGUGACAUACGAAGGAACGGACCAAGUACGUGAAGCCAAGAUUGACUUCCUCACCCAAGAAUAUGAGAUGUUCAGGAUGAAGGAGCACGAGAAGAUCGAUGAUAUGUUCAACCGUUUUUCCAAGAUAGUCAACGAUCUCCAUGCAUUAAAGAAGACAUACACCGACAGGGAUCUUGUGCGGAAGAUCCUACGGAGCUUGACAUCCGAAUGGCGAUCCAAGGCCGAUGCCAUCUAUGAAUCAAUCGGCACAUCAAAUGUCACCAUCGACGGUCUAAGAGGUAAUCUAAAAACCUAUGAAUCUACUAUUCUUAACCCGUCUUUGAAUGACCAAAGGAAAGGGAUAGCAUUAAAAGCCGUCAAAGAAUCAACGGUGGAUGAUUCAAGCGACGAUGAUGAAGUCAAGCUUGUCAUGAAGAAGUUUUGUAAACUUCUAAGGAAGAAAGAAAAGGUUGAUGAUGGCCAUGUGUGCUAUGGAUGUGGUGAAGCCGGGCACAUCAAGAACAAAUGCCCAAAAAGCGGAAGGAAUGCUCGGCACUUCAAAAGGCAAAGGGCAUAUAUCUCUUGGGGUGGCGACUCCGGCGACGAGUCAAUCGAUCAAGACGAGGAUGAAAUUGCCAACCUCUGUCUCUGGCGCACGAAGACCAAACCGACGAUGUACAAGAGGUAUGUACCAUUUCUUCCGACUCUUACACCUUUGAAGAAAUGCAAGAAGCACUUCAUGAACUUUAUGAUGAAUUUGUUAGCGCUUCUAAAAUAAACAAAUCGUUAAAGAAACGCCUCUCCACUCUUGAAAAUGAUUUUGAAAAUCUGGAAAAAGAUAAUGAGAA